AGCUACUGCCCUAGAUAGAACUCAUCUCUUUCAGAGGAAAGCUUUGCUUUAAUCAAAUGCUUCCUUUCUGUUUAGCUCCAAAACCUUGGAAUCAGCCUAUCAAACAUUGGAUUCAGCACUCUCACCAUGGAAUCUGACAAGUUCAUUUGUGUUCGAGAGAAAGUCGGAGAGCAGUCGCAGGUGGUAAUUAUUGAUAUAAACAACCCAGUGGCACUUUUCAGAUGUUCUGUCUCUGCAGAGAGUGCCAUCGUAAAUCCGGCCUUUAAGGUGAUAGCUCUAAAAGCUGGGAAGACACUUCAAAUCUUUAAUAUUGAGAUGAAAAGUAAAAUGAAGACUUAUACUAUGGCAGAAGAGGUGAUUUUCUGGAAGUGGAUCUCUGUGAACACUGUUGCCUUGGUGACCGAUACCACAGUGUACCACUGGAGCAUGGAAGGUGACUCCCAGCCCAUAAAGAUGUUUGAUAGACACGCCAGUCUGGCCGGAUGUCAGUUGGUCCACUACCGAACUGAUGCCUACCAGAAGUGGCUGCUUCUCAUUGGCAUCUCUGCCCAGCAAAACCAUGUGGCUGGGACAAUGCAGCUGUACUCUGUGGAGAGGAAAGUCUCACAGCCCAUAGAAGGCCAUGCUGCUGCUUUUGCAGAGUUCAAGAUCGAGGGGAAUCCCAAGCCGUCCACCCUUUUCUGCUUUGCUGUCCGCAGUCCUACAGGAGGCAAGUUGCACAUAAUCGAAGUUGGACAGCCUGCGGCAGGAAACCAGCCUUUUGUAAAGAAAACUGUGGAUGUGUUUUUCCCUCCAGAGGCACAGACUGAUUUUCCAGUGGCUAUGCAGGUUGGAGUUAAACACGGUGUUAUCUACUUGAUCACCAAGUGCGGCUACCUUCAUACGUACGACCUAGAGUCCGGCGUGUGCAUUUACAUGGACCGUAUCAGCGCUGACCCAGUCUUUGUAACUGCUCCCCACGAACCUACCUCUGGGAUUAUUGGCGUCAACAAAAGAGGACAGGUGCUGUCGGUUUGUGUUGAGGAAGAGAACAUCGUGAACUACGCGACCAAUGUGCUUCAGAAUCCAGACCUGGGCUUGUGCUUGGCUGUGCGUGGUGACCUGCCUGGGGCAGAGGAAUUGUUUGUGAGGAAAUUCAGUGCUCUGUUCGCACAGGGCAGCUAUGCCGAAGCUGCCAGAGUCGCAGCAUCCGCUCCAAAGGGAAUUCUGCGUACCAGUGACACAGUUCAGAAGUUCCAGAGUGUAUCUUCUCAGCCAGGCCAAGCUUCUCCUUUGCUCCUGUACUUUGGAAUCCUGCUUGACCAGGGUCAGCUUAAUAAACUUGAGUCCUUAGAGCUUUGCCAGCUGGUUCUUCAGCAGGGACGAAGGCAUCUCUUAGAAAAGUGGUUGAAAGAAGAUAAGCUGGAGUGUUCAGAGGAGCUGGGAGAUUUGGUCAAAACUUCUGACACUACGCUUGCUCUGAGUGUGUACCUUCGGGCAAAUGUGCCAAGCAAAGUUAUCCAGUGUUUUGCAGAAACUGGCCAAUUCCAGAAAAUUGUGCUCUAUGCCAAAAAGGUGGGAUAUGCCCCAGACUGGAUCUUUUUGCUGAGAAGUGUGAUGUGGGUCAGUCCUGAACAGGGUCUGCAGUUGUCCCAAAUGCUGGUGCAGGAUGAGGAGCCACUGGCCAACAUAAAUCAGAUUGUGGACAUUUUCGUGGAAAACAGUUUAAUUCAGCAGUGUACUUCUUUCUUGUUGGAUGUCCUGAAGAAUAAUUGCCCGGCUGAGGGCCACCUCCAGACUCGGCUAUUAGAGAUGAACCUGAUCCACGCACCCCAGGUUGCAGAUGCCAUCCUUGGGAAUCAGAUGUUUACACAUUAUGAUCCGGCCCACAUUGCCCAGCUCUGUGAGAAGGCGGGUCUCCUGCAGCGGGCACUGGAGCACUACACUGACCUCGGUGACAUCAAGAGGGCCGUGGUCCAUGCUCACCUCCUCAGUCCUGAGUGGCUCCUCAGCUUCUUUGGCUCCUUGUCAGUAGAGGACUCCCUGGAAUGCCUGCGAGCCAUGCUGUCUGCUCACACCAGACAGAACCUUCAGCUGUGUGUGCAGGUGGCCUCCAAGUUUCAUGAGCAGCUGGGUACACAAUCCCUGGUGGAGCUCUUUGAAUCUUUCAAGAGUGACGAAGGCCUCUUCUACUUCCUGGGCUCCAUCGUGAACUUCAGCCAAGACUCAGCUGUGCAUCUGAAGUACAUUCAGGCAGCUUGCAAGACAGGGCAGAUCAAAGAGGUGGAGAGGAUAUGUCAUGAGAGCAGCUGCUAUAACCCAGAACGAGUGAAGAACUUCCUGAAGGAUGUCAAGCUCGCAGACCAGCUGCCCCUCAUCAUCGUAUGUGAUCGCUUCGACUUUGUCCACGAUCUUGUCCUCUAUUUAUACCGCAACAACCUGCAAAAGUACAUUGAGAUUUAUGUUCAGAAGGUUAACCCUCGUCGGCUCCCAGCUGUAGUUGGAGGGCUGCUUGGUGUGGAUUGUUCUGAAGAAGUAAUUAAAAACCUAAUCACUGUGGUAAGAGGACAGUUCUCUACUGACGAGCUGGUGGCUGAAGUAGAAAAAAGAAACAGGCUGAAGUUGUUACUUCCCUGGUUGGAGUCCCGGAUUCAUGAAGGCUGUGAGGAGCCUGCCACUCACAAUGCACUGGCCAAAAUCUACAUCGACAGCAACAACAGCCCCGAGCGCUUCCUGAGAGAGAACGCCUACUAUGACAGCUGCGUCGUGGGCCGGUACUGUGAGAGGCGGGACCCACAUCUGGCCUGUGUGGCCUAUGAGCGGGGGAAGUGUGACCUUGAGCUCGUUCAGGUUUGCAACAAGAACUCUCUGUUCAAAAGUGAGGCCCGCUACCUGGUACGCAGAAAGGAUCCCGAACUCUGGGCCCGUGUCCUUGAGGAGACCAACCCAUCUAGGAGACAGCUGAUUGACCAGGUGGUGCAGACAGCAUUGUCAGAGACACAGGAUCCUGAAGAGGUCUCGGUCACUGUCAAAGCCUUUAUGACAGCUGACCUGCCUGAUGAACUCAUCGAGCUGCUAGAGAAGAUUGUUCUGGAUGCCUCUGUCUUCAGUGAGCACAGGAAUCUCCAAAACCUGCUCAUCCUGACUGCCAUCAAGGCCGAUCACACACAGGUCAUGGAGUACAUCAGCCGCCUGGACAAGUACGAUGCCCCUGACAUUGCAGGCAUCGCCAUCAGCAACGCACUGUACGAGGAGGCCUUCGCUAUCUUCCACAAGUUUGGUGCCAAUGCCUCGGCGAUCCAGGGUGUGCUGGUCCUCUCAGGACAGGGGGUGGCCUGGCAAACAGAAGCUCAUAGGGUCCUGAUCGAGCACGUUGGAAACCUAGACCAAGCACGUGAGUUUGCUGAGAGAUGCAACGAGCCUGCUGUGUGGAGUCAGCUGGCCCAAGCCGAGCUCCAGAAAGACUUGGUGAAGGAAGCAAUCGACUCCUACAUCAGGGCAGAUGACCCUGCCUCUUCCCUGGAGGUGAUUCAGGCAGCCACCAAGAGCAACAACUGGGAAGAUCUAGUGAAAUUCCUACAAAUGGCCCAGAAGAAGAACCAUGAGCCCUAUAUAGAAACUGAACUUAUUUUUGCGUUGGCUAAAACCAACCGUCUAUCUGAGCUAGAAGAUUGCGUUAAGGGGCCCAACAAUGCCAACAUCCAGCAGGUGGGAGACUGCUGUUACGAAGAGGGCCUGUACGAGGCUGCCAAGCUGCUGUACAGCAGUGUUUCUAACUUCGCCUGCCUGGCGUCCACCUUGGUCCACCUUGGGGAGUAUCGGGCAGCAGUGGACAGCAGCCGCAAGGCCAACAGCACCCGGACCUGGAAGGAGGUGUGCUUUGCCUGUGUAGAUGGGCAAGAAUUCCACCUCGCACAGCUGUGUGGCCUUCACACUGUCGUUCACGCAGAUGAGCUGGAGGAGCUGAUUCAUUACUACCAGGAUCGUGGCUACUUUGAGGAGCUCAUCUCCCUGCUGGAGGCAGCCCUGGGCCUGGACCAGGCCCACAUGGGCAUGUUCACAGAGCUGUCCAUCCUCUACUCCAAGUUCAAGCCGCAGAAGAUGCCAGAGCACCUGGAGCUCUUCUGGUCUCGGGUCAAUAUCCCAAAGGUGCUGAGGGCCGCAGAGCAGGCACACCUCUGGGCCGAGCUGGUAUUUCUCUAUGACAAACAUGAAGAGUACGAUAAUGCCAUCCUUACCAUGAUGAGUCACCCCACUGAGGCCUGGAAAGAAAAUCAGUUCAAAGAUAUCAUUGCCAAGGUGGCCAAUGUGGAGCUCUAUUACAAAGCCCUGCAGUUCUGCUUGGAUUACAAGCCUUUGCUCGUAAAUGACCUGCUCCUGGUGCUGUCACCCCGGCUAGACCACACCAGGACCGUCAGCUUCUUCUCAAAGGCAGGCCAGCUGCCCCUGGUGAAGCCUUACCUACGGUCCGUCCAGAGCUGUAACAACAAGAGUGUGAAUGAGGCAGUCAACCACCUGCUGACCGAGGAGGAAGACUAUCAGGGCUUGAGGGUAUCUAUCGAUGCCUAUGACAACUUUGACAACGUCAGCCUGGCUUAGCACCUGGAGAAGAACCCGCUGAUUGAGUUCAGGCGCAUUGCAGCCCAUCUGUACACGGCCGACAACCGGUGGACUGAGAGCGUGGAACUCUGCAAGAAGGACCGUCUCUACAAGGACGCCAUGCAGCAUGCUGCAGAAUCACGUGAUCCUGAGCUUGCCAAGAAGUUGCUGCAGUGGUUCCUGGAGGAAGGCAAGCCAGAGUGCUUCGCAGCCUCUCUCCUCACCUGCUGUGGCCUGCGUCACCCACAUGUGGUACUCGAACUGGCCCGGAGACACAGCCUCACCGACUUUGCCAUGCCCUACUCCAUCCAGGUUGACGAACUGGAUGCCGUAGAGAGCCUGUGCAAGCAAGAGCAGCAUGUUGGGGCGCCCACCCCGCUCAUGUCUGAUCUUGUUGGGCACGAAUGAGACUCAGCUGAUUGUGCUCAGCCAGCAGCUGAUACUGACGGCGGGUCCUGCGGCGGCGCAGCCCCUGCGGGCUUCCCCUGGAUGCUCAGCCACGUCGGCCUCCGUGCAUGGCUUCAGUGUGCAGCGGGAGCGGGAGCCAGAAGGCAUUAGCCUUUCCAAGAAACAUGGCACUCCGAAAGCACAGAGGACUCCCACUUGGGAGAAGGAUGCCUGGAUAUUAUUUAUUUUUGCUGAGGCCUAUUGACACCACUUCUGAGCCCUCGCAGGGCCUGGGGAGGCCAAGGUAGACAGUGACUGCCCACGAAGACCACCACCAGUUGCCGGCAGGAAGGUGGUCGCCUGCCGGUUGGGCCUCUGGCUGGAGCCAGGCGUGGC